AAAGGCAAACAUGACAUUCCUGGAGAAGGAAAACCACUUACCGUUGACAUGGAAAUGGAUUUGACCACACCUAGCAAAGCUUUAAAAACCGUCAAAGCUGGAACGUCGCUCUCUCUACUUCAUGAACGAUCUGCAGGACUUCAAUUGGCUGGAAGUGCUCAUCUAUUUGUUGAUGACGAUGGAUCUGUCCCCGAACCAAUCAUCGACUUCAAAGGUGACGGUUACAUCAAGGCUACCGAACACAAUGGCGAGAUGAAAGCUAAUUUGCAAUACGGCAAACAUGGACCGAUCUCUGGCCUUGCUGGAUACAGCCUGACCACAGAUGGAAAGAAGAAGCAGAUCAACGGCAACCUGGCUCUGCAGUACGACCAAGGCAAAAACGUGAAAGUUGAAGCCGCUCUCACCAAGAAGGAAGAUCACGAAUACAAGCUGGACGUCAACAUGGAAACACCGGUUGAGAAUCUGAAAAAGGUCAACUUGAUGGUGCACACCAAGAGGUCUCCAGAUCAGAAACACGUCGAAAGCAAAGUAGAGCUGAAUGCUGAUGGAAAGGUUUGGCAUGUAGACACUGAGGUCAAGGUAUCAGAAAUCGCCCCGUUGCUCAACAUCAAGGUUAAGUGUCCUGAAGGAAAAGUAUCGCAGAUCUUCUUCAAAGGAAACAAGAUCAGCGACAAGGAAUUCAGCGGUGAACUGAAAUUGGCCUGCCAAGCAAAGGAUUUCCUUUUAGAAGGAAACUUGGACGCAAACAUCGAUAACAUCGACCAGUUCGUUAUCAAAGGAAACGUCAACUCGCCGAACUUGAAACUGGACAAGGUGCACUUCGAGGCCCAGAACGAAGCUGCGAAGACCGGCAGGAAGAUUCAAAUCACAGUCAAAUCUAACGGACAAAACCUGUUGAGUGGCAGCACCACCUACAAUGCUCACGAUGAACACGGAAAAUACGUUGUUGAUGGUUCUGGAUCAUUUAAGGUCAAGGAAGAAACAAAAUCAGCGAACUUCAAAUACAUCCGUCGUCAAUUGUCUCUAGACAAAGACGGUGAACAAGGUAUUGACGUCUCUUUCGAUGCUACCAUCGGCAGCAGAGCUAUUGACGCUGAAAUGAGACUGACGAACAAGAACCUGAGACAAUCCAUUUCUUACUGUGAGAAAUCCAAGGACUGCGCUCAUGUUGAGAUUGACUCAAAGAUCAGCAGCAAUGAUGUCGAAAACUACAACCACGUGCUGGAGAUCAACCUAGAUCUUCGCAAACUAGGCAUGAGCCACCAGUUCGGCUUAAAAUCCGUAACAAACAGGAAGAAGUACGUUCUGGAUCACACUGUGGAUGCCCACUUCCAAGGACCCGAGAAGAGCAACUACCAAUACAGCCUGUACAUCCACCCUGGAGAAGCUGGUGCUUCUCUAACUACGCCCAAGAGGAUCAUCGCUCUGGAAACCAAGGCUAACGUAGCCAAGAACUACAAGGAAGGUGGAAAGAUACACGGAGAGAUUACAUUCUACUUGGACAAGAAGAACCAUCCUCAAAAGAAGACCUCAUGGAACGGUUGGUUGUCUGUUGACAUUGCCAAGCAGACCAUUAAUGGAGAGACCAAGAUGGAACAUCCUGGAUUACAAAGACCACUUUCUUCAUCGAUCAAGACAACCCGCACCGGAACAGCGACCAAAGGAGAGGUAGUGAUCGUAGCUGAAUUCGACAUUUUCGCUCAACCGGCCCAGAAACUCGUUACCACUUACAAACACUCCAUCGACACCGGAGCGGAAGUUAAGAGCGCAACUUUCAAACGUUCCUUGGACGUAAAGAGCAGCGGACUUGGAGUUGACAUUCAUUCCAGUGAAAUGUCGCACUUUGACAGGCAGAAUUAUGCUGGUGAAUAUAUUGCUAAGGUUAAGUACCAUGUGGGUAACUCCAAAUACGACAACGUGCUCUCCGUCAACGGUGGAAAGUCGCAGUUGAACGUGCUGGUGAAACUACUCAACAUUGAAUUGUUGAAGGCCACAAACAAAAUGAGUUUGAGCAAAGAGGAACAAACGCUCGACUCCGAAAUCUCUUCGUAUUCCAAUAACCCGCUGAUCAGCCAUUUGGAGAUUAAGAAUUUCAACACUCUGUUGUACACUGUUGGAUUCAAGGGAACGCCACGCGACAAGCUCCAGCUGAACGCCGGCUUGAUCCCUGGUCAAAUCGCUGACGUCAGAGCCGACCAUUCCACUGGUAGCGGAAAGACGAACCUCUUCCACGCUACUCUGAAACUGGACGAUGCCAACUUCCUCAAACCCGACUACAACCUCAACUCUAAGGAGAUCCAGAAGGUGCUCAACAUCCUCAAAGAGAAAAUCAUCGCUUUUGUCAACGGACUUCAAGACAUCGGUGAGAAGUCGACGAACGACAUUCGUAAGGAGGUUAGCCAGAUUGCUGAUAUCACGAAGAAGGCUGUGCCCAAUCUGAAGCCUAUCAAGGAGUACUACGCCACUGAGAUCAAGGAGAUCAAGCAGGAGAUUCUGGAAGAUCCGUCUGUUAAGGAGCUUGCUGACGCUGUCAGAAAGGUAUUUGGAGCUAUCAUCCACUCUCUGGCCGAGAUUUCCGCCAAGGUUGGAGAACUGAUCGAAGCGGUCACAAAGUCCCUACAAACCGCAUUUGCUGGUGUGAUUGAAUCCAUCGACAAGGAAUUGUUGCCCGAACUGAAACGCAUCACUGGAAAAGUCACCAAAGUCGCUGGGGAAAUAGCAAGAUCCGGUAUUGAUAUCAUCGCUUCGUGUUUGGCUACCAUCAGUCAGGUUAUCGAGAAGUACCAGCCAGAGAUCAAACAGAUCGCAGCAACCUUUGGAGAACUUGGACAAGAUGUUGGAAGAUUUAUCCAGAAAUCAUAUGAACAAAUCAGGGCUAUCGUGAUUGACGUAUCAAGAAAGAUCUACGAUGAAAUCCAAGCUCUUCCCAUCUUCGAUGAAUUGAAGGCUAAAUACGAAGAGUUGAUCAAAAAUGGAAUCCCGAACAAGGACGGAAUCAUUGGAGGAAUGAAAGAAAUUGCAGCAACAAUCAAGGACAUCAUACCACCAGACUUCCUCAUCCAGAAAGAAUUAGUCGAAAUCAUCGACUUGGUUGUAAACUACAUUGAAAAGAAAGUGAACGCCCAACCUGUUGAUGAGUUUGCAGUCCUGGACAAACUUGCAGCAAACAACGUCGCAAUUGUCAGGAAGCUGGCCCAUGCCGUGUCGACACCAACCUACGACGUUCAGAAGGCCACUACCGUCCCCGUCUCCUUGGACUUCUUGAAGAAACUGCCGAAACUAGUCGCCAUCAAAUUCUCGCCCAUCGCAUACGUGCUCAGAGAUGACCCUACUGAGGAGAUCGUCGCUUUCGCUUUGUCUCUGUUGAACCAUCCAAGACAGUGGUUCGCACCAUUCCCAUUGAACGGUAUGAUCGUCCAAGGCCAGCACAUCUUCACCUUCGACGGAAACCACCUGACCUUCCCAGCCAAUUGCAAAUACUUGUUCGCCAGAGACGCUGUUAACGGAAACUUCACUUUGGUGGGAACAUACGCCAACGGAGAACUCAGCUCGAUCUCAUUGGCUGAUCCUACAGAUAUCAUUACCAUCGAAAAGGGAGGAAAAGUUCUUUUGAACGGAGCUCCAACUGAAUUGCCAACUCGCAAAGAAAACAUAGCCGUGUACAGAGGAUACGCAAUGCUGACAAUCAAAUCCACAUAUGGCGUUGAAUUGUACUGCUCUGAUGACCUUGCUGGAUGUGGAGUGAUCCUGUCUGGAUUCUAUCACGCUCAGGUCAAGGGACUGCUUGGAAACGGCAACAACGAGCCUUACGACGACUUUACUAUUCCCAAUGGAAAGAUCGUUGUGUCUGAAGGUGAAUUUGGAAACUCCUACAAGAUUGGCAACUGUCCACAGGUGAACGUACCCAAACAUGCGGACCACAAGGACGUCCCCGAAUGCACGAAACUGUUCAGCUUUGAAUCUUCAAUGCGGUACUGCUUCCCCUUCGUUAGUACCGAAAAGUUCAAGACCGCCUGCGUCCAUGGAAAAGAAGGCGGCGUCAAGGAUACCGAACUUAACAUCGCCAAGGCUUACGUCGCCGCCUGCCAUGUUCACAACAUUCCUAUCAGUGUGCCAUCACAUUUAGUACAUUGUGAAAAUGCUGACAAAGCCUACGGUGUUGGAGACAAAUUCAGCGUAAAGCUCCCAGGAAAAGCGGCUGAUAUCAUCCUGUUGGUUGAUACUGCCAAAGAAAACGAAGGAGUUUACAAAGACUUGAUACAACCAAUUGUUGCUGAUGUUUCCAAGGAACUAAAAGGCAAGGGAAUUAGUGAUGUCCAGUUCCAUCUGAUAGCCCACGGUGGCGAAAACCAAUGGCCAAGUCACGUGACAGUUGACGGUGGAAAGCUGACAUUUGAACAGAAUGCUCCGGACAUCAAAUUCGCCGCAAACCCCAAACACGAACAUAUCUCUGAUAGCGUUGGUGCUACCCUGAAACCAUACCUGGAAACCCUGGAAAGCGUCUUGCACGACCUAAAACUGGCUUUAGGAAUGACACUGGAAGCCAAGACGUACAACGAAGCUAUCAGCUAUCCAUUCCGAGCUCAUGCAGUCAAAGCUAUAAUUGCUGUAAACAGCAAACCGUGUGAAGUCGGCAGAUUGCACCUGUUGCAGAAAUUAAGGGCCUUACUGUACAAGGAUAACAAAAUCAGCCUAAACUUGGUCACACCCUUCCAAGGACUGAACGUGAAAGACGUGAAGAAGACGAAGGAUGUGAUUGGUUUCAACAACGAUCACGUGUUUACGAUGUCCAACAAAAAGCCGGAAGGCACAGCCGAGCUGUACAAGGAUUUGGAAUACUCGGACUUCUGCGCCGAUUUCACGAUCAGGAACCGCGGCAAUGUGUUCGUAACCGACAACUUCCUGAGCGCCAGCGCAGAUGCAAAGAAACAGUUUGUCCAGACAGCAGCUCACAACAUCGUUGACCAACUGACGAACUUGGAACAGGGUCUUGAUUGCGAAUGUAAAAUGGUCAACGCGUACAAUGCAAGAAACGUAUGCUGGGAGGCAUACAGCAAAGAGAAAUAGAGUGUAACUUUACAAGUGAGAGAGCUACAGACGUAUGUAAGUGCCAAGAAGAUUCCUAUUCAUGUGGAACGCUAUAUUAUUUGUUGAUAAAGUGAUUAUAUUUUUUACAUCAAUGGUAUUGUAAUUUGUAUAAAAUAUAUUUAAGUUACGUGUGUACUAAAGAAGUCUCAUUUCAAGCUUA